UGCCUUAGGAUGCUGAUAAGUCUCAUCCAGUUGUGUUUGUUGUUGAAUUUGUUGAGGAAGUUAACUUUAUUCUACUGAGUGGCUUACUGUUGAUCCUACAGUAUGCUCUACUCACUCCUGAGACUUAUCCUCGUUGGACUGGUCCAGUCCAGGAUGGUAUACGACACUUGAUGAUGUCAGUCAACAUGGAGCCGGACCAGUGGCAGCUGGGGAAGACUAAAGUGUUUAUCAAGAGUCCUGAAUCAUUAUUCUUAUUGGAGGAGCUUAGAGAGAGGAAGUAUGAUGCUUAUGCUCGUAGGAUCCAGAAGGCAUGGCGUCGUCACCGGUCAGACCAGUACUACCAGACACUGAAGGAGAGAGCGUCUGAUAUAUUGUUGAAUAAGAAGGAGAGGAAGAGGUUGAGUAUUAAUAGGAAUUUUGUUGGUGAUUAUCUCGGGUUUGCUGAUGAUCCUGCCCUACGUACUCUUGUUG